AUGGCGGCCUCAUUGUCGGAAUAUGAAAAUUCCAUGUUUCUUGAGCUCAUGGACGACGAUGGCUUGUUCGUUACAGCGAAGUACGUAAGCAUUUCAAAGUAAAAAACAUGUCUUGAUUUCUGCUUGAAUUUAUAUGCACAUAAAGACCAUUGAUAGAGAGCGAACAACUAUAGCUAUUUAUUUCAGCUUGAGUUUAAGCUUAUGUUCUACAAUUUCAUUCAUUACCUCAUAUACAUGUACAACAGAUAAAAUUGAUUGAUUGAUUACAAGCGUGAUCUGAGAAGCACUACGCAUUGAUACCUGUAAACUUACAUGUAUGUGAGCAGACCACUGAUGCAAUCUUGUUGCUAUGUAUUAGUUCAUUCUUAAUAUCUGUGGUUUGUAGGGGUUUGAGCAUGGAGAGAGUAAUAGCAAGCUUUCUGAAGAUACACUGUGUCACAAGUGAUCCAUCUUCUAUUUCAUUGGUCCUGGUGAUUAAUACAACCGAUCAAGAAGAGGUGAUAAUGAACAAUAUUAUCGUUUGAGGUUUUUGUGAUAUCUGGAAUUAUCAAGGUCCUUGAUUCUUCUGGAUAUCACAAAUACAGAAUCCAAUAAUUGUUUUAAUAAACAUGUAUUUGAAGAAAGUAACUACAAACCGCCAUGCAUUGUACGCAAUACUUUUUAAUAUUGUUUUUGGAAAUCAUACAUUGUGCACUCAGCCUUUAGAUUAGUUAUUUACACUGUAGGUUGCACUGAUUUCAAAAAUUAAUCGUAGGCUCUCAGCCAAUAAGGAGACAGAUAGUGAGUACAAAAUUAUAUUGCAGAGACAACGAUUUUCACAAAAAUUCUUUAGCAUGCAAGAAGUGAUUUGCCCCCACAAUGUUUUGCACAAAAUGUCACCUGACCGGUAUACAAAGAGUGAUUUGUUUAUGCACCAUGUUGCUAUGAUAUGUCGCUUAGUGUGUCCCAACUCAAGUAUACAAUUUACACUUUUUGUUUUCAGGUGUCCUUUCUUCUUUCUCUAUUUACUUGUGCUGAUUUGCAGAAUUUUAUUUUUUUACAGGAUUAUAUUCUUGAUGAGCUGAAAUCUACAGAUGUGCCACUCCCAAAAGUCAUCACCACUGAAUUCAGUUCCUCAGAGAGGUUUGUGCAGUGUGCAUAGAAAGUCGUGUUGAGUAGCCUUGGGCUAGUGGAUUUUGCUAUUGGACUAGUGAAUUCUUUGCUUAACUUGCCUGACAGGCUAGUGAAAUUUUUUUUUGGAAUCAAUUCUGCUCAUCAAAAAUCUUUUUCUGGCUACAUGUAGUUAAAAAAUGACUUUUGUGGCUAGUAUAUGCCAACUUCAACAUGCUCAAAUGGCAAGCCUGUUAACUGGCAUUCUUUGUACCUUGCUAAUGAAUAUGAAGAAUAUGUUACCUUGUAGGACAAAGGUUUUUCUAAAAAAUAAAAAUGACAAUUAAAUUUGGCUAUUUUUGUGUUGCAGAGAGUCUGUGUACCUCAGUGGAGGGGUUCUGUUUGUGACAUCAAGAAUCUUAGUGGUAGAUAUGUUGACCAAGAGACUUCCCAUUCAUUUGGUUACAGGGAUUGUUGUAUAUCGUGCUCACAAGUAUGUUAAAGGUUUUGCUAACGAUAUUACAGUCAAACCCUGCUGUACGGACACCUGCUUAACCCUUUAAGCCCCAAUAUCCACAUAUGAAUUCUUCAAACUGAUCUCUAUACAUUUCCUUAAAGAAUGUGCUGAGAGAAUUUGAUAUAAGGUCAAAGCAUUUUCUCUGAGGUGAUCAAUAUAUUAAUUCUCAUAACCUAUUCUCUUCACAAUCUUUGGAUAUGGUUAGGAGAAAAUUGAUGUCGGUCACCAUUGGCACUUAAAGGGUUAAGCCCCAAUACCCACAUACAAAUUCUCCAAACUGAUCUCUAUACAUUUCCUUCAAAAAUAAGUUGAGAGAAUUUGAUAAAAGGUUAAGACAAUUUCCCCUAGGUGAUCAUUUCAUUAAUUCUCAUAACCUUAUCUCUUUACAUUGUAUGGAUAUCGUUAGGAGAAAAUUGAGGUUGGUCACUAUUGGGACUUAAAGAGUUAAUAUGAACACCUCAUUAUUAUGGACAGUUUACUUUGUCCCUGGGGAAAGAGAGUCCUUACAUUUUCUCUAAAUUCAGCCCACUAAAUAUGGAUAUUCUGUUAGUAUGUACACUUUGUUUGGCCCCCUCUGUGUCCUUAUUAAAGGGGUUUGACUGCAUGUACUCAAUGAAUUUAAUACAAUAAUAAUUAGAUAUUAAUCAUGAUGUUGUUUUGCAAUUUCUCUAGUCAGUUAUAUAAUGUUACUGGCAUUUCUUUUUCAGAAUCAUAGAAUCUUGCCAGGAGGCUUUCAUACUACGACUUUACCGGGAAAAUAAUAAGGUAUGCAGUGGAACAUAGCAAUUUGAUACUAAGGUAGCUGACGGUAUAAGCAUUUUAAGGGGCCUGUUUAUGUGGAGGUGGGGGACCCCAGAUAGGCGAUGUAACAUGUGGUGGGUCACCCCACCUAUCAUGUGAAGGUGAUCAAAUAAAAAUGAGAGAUUAUAUGGACAGACAGGUUACCCACCUAAGCAGGUUACCUCACCUAACUAGGGUCCCCCACCUCCAUGUAAACAGUCCCUUAGAUUUGUCUUUGUUAACGUCCUCUUGGUUUUAAGUCCAGUCCAACACAUUACACAUAUUUUUAUACUAGCUCAGGACCAAGUUUAAAUCUGUUUAUGUUUGUUGAACUUGCCACAGUGAAUCAUCAAGGUGAUAAGGUACAAAACAGGAACUUCUUUUACUAUUAAUUACCUACCCUACCCAUAAAAGGUUGACCGUGCCACUGGGCUCUAUGUCUGGUCCUCUGCUUUUUUCAAAUGGGAAGAUGUCAAGAUAUAAUUUGUUUUUUUCUUUUUUUUUUCAGACUGGUUUUAUAAAGGCUUUCUCAGAUCAUCCACAGGCUUUCACAAGGGGCUUCUUUCAAGUGGAAAAAGUUAUGAAAAACCUCUUUGUUAGAAAACUCUAUCUGUGGCCAAGGUACAUGAAUCUUCUUCAUCUUCUUCCAUGUAACCCCACCUCCUUCAAAAAUGAAGAUUCUUAUGAAUUGACUGUUACAUAGAUAAUGCUUUAUAAGUGAAAUAGUGAAAUAAUAAUAAUAAUAAUAAGAUUUUUUAUUCAUCAGAUAAAAAUACAUACAGUGUAUCAUAAUUAUAUUACACUGAAAUGUAAAGAAGCAAGCAUAAAGUAUUGUAAAAGAAAUAAAAAUUCUAAAAUCUAAUAUUUCCAUGGCAAGGUUAUUCUUAAGAAUUAAGAAUAACAUUAACAUUUAUACAAGUAAAGAAGUUAAAAAAAAUCGAAAAUCUAUACAGCUACAUUUGUAAGUUUUACUUAAAAACUGCCAAAAAAGCUAUUUUUAAAACAUUCAGUAUUAACACUGGGUCUUAUCAUGGAUCUAUUUUGAAGUCGCUCUGAUGAGUCCUUACAGUAUGUACAUGGAUGGUUGCAAUGUUUCAGUUUAAAAAGGACACGUCGGUCACUUUUCUCCAAGAACUUAUUCUUUGAUGUUAUAACUAACAAAAUAAUGUCAGAUACAAUGUUGUGUUGUCAAAAAAAUUUUGAGAGUGUAUGUCCCCCCCAUCCACCCAUGGAUAGAAUGUAACUUGUUUUUAACAGCCCACCCUUCAACAUUAAAUUUCUGCAUUUAAAGCCAGUUUAUCCAUGCCCAAACAAUCAAUUUGUGUGUCUUUACAUUCAAUUAAUUUGCAUUUUUUUUAUUGGUGAAAUUCAAUAGAUUCCAUGCUACUGUGUCAGCUUUCCUGGAGAAGCACAAGGUAUUAAUUCCUCUAGUGUGUGCUAGACACUUUUUCACCCUUGGUGAUGUGAUACAGAUUAAGCACAAGAGCUCAUAUGCAUUAUGCUUGAAUAACAGCCAUUGUUAGAACUUUGAUUCCUCAGGACAUACUGCAAUUUUUUACACUUGGUAGCGGGUCUUUUAUUUUGGUCACACAUGCUCUAUGGAACAGCCUACUUGCUGACGUGCAUGCUGUUAUAUGACACUUAGUACUUUUAAAAGCAACCUUAAGAGGUUUUUGUUUUGGUCUGCAGUUUAAAAAAUUAUUUCUCACUUAGUAAUGUUUUUUAAAUGUGUACAUUGUUGUACUAUUGAUCAGCAUAUGUUAAUAGCACUGUAUGUAUAAAUUAAAUUAUUAUUGUUAUUAUUAUUACAUUGUUUGCAUGUUAACUAGUGUUUGGGAAUCAGCACAGAAUAGUAAUAAUUAUAUUCUCACCAGGGCUACCCACAAACAAAGCCUCAAGGAUGUUAUAAGAUAUGGGAAAGGCCAGCCCGAGGCGGAAGUGAGUAGGUAGCUACCUGGAGCGUAGGCGCUAUCAUCGCUGUGGGGAGGAGGGAGGGGCGCACUUAGCUAAACCUCCCCAAACGCCGUGGAAAGGACUUUUGAGGUUAUAAAGGACUGACCGCACCGGAAUAAGAUUAUAUAGCCAAAAAACGUGUCAAAGGUUGCAUAACCAUUCUCAUGCUAAAAUUCCAGGGGUUUGGAGUCACGUAACAUGCUGAAAUUCACCAUUGUUUGAAGGAAUCCCUGGUGAGAAUAUUUAUGGUGUUGUGUUUACACCUUGGGUACCUGAGAUGAAUUCCUUUUAUGUGUGUCUUCUCAAAAUACAUGUGGGUGGGUGAUGUUCUAAGCUUGUCUAGACAUGUUGAGAGGUAACAAUAACUUAUUGUUAACAAAGUAUUUAUUUUUCAGCCAGACGUUAUAGAGCUUCAUCUACACUUAACACCCUCAAUGCUGGCUAUUCAAACGGCAGCUCUUGAUUUGAUUGACAGCUGUCUGAAAGAGCUGAAGAGGGCCAACCCUACUGUGAGUUUUAUCGGAAAUAACUAUGUUUUUUUUUGUUGAAACGCUCAGUACACACUCAUUUGUAGGAAAUAUUGCACCCUGUAAGACUUCUAUCAAAAUUUCAUGGAGGCAAUUUUUGUUAUAGCUUGACCCUGAGGACCUGACGGUGGAGAACAGUAUUAGCAAGUCUUUUGAUAAAGUUCUGAGGUUUCAGUUGGAUCCAAUCUGGCAUCAGUUGGUAAAUAAAUAUGUUAUCAUUUUUAACCUGUUUAAGUAGUGUUUGUUAACCAGCAUGUUUGUAAUUGUGGACGGUUUUCUCUAAUUUCAAACCAAGAAGGCCUGGGUAUGAGUCUCUACAUUAUAGGAUAAACAACACAAGACCCACACAGUCAGAAAGAGCGUGCUGAACUUUGCAAAACUCUCAAGUUUUACCCAACAUAAACACUUACUUCUCACUUAGGUGGGCAGGUUCCUAGAAACGUAUAAUAUAAGAGAUUUCUUCAUGGCCAUGAAGUGUCCUCUAUUAAUUAUAUUACAUCUUUAAUGCUCUAUAAUAAAUUAUUUUUGUACAUUUCCAGGGAAACAAGACCAAGCAGUUGGUUGCUGACCUUAAAGUCCUGAGGCUAGUUUUGCUGUAAGCAUCCUAAAUCCUUUUAUUUAUCCUAUUUUGCUAACUCUUUAAGUCCCAAUGUCCACCUACAAAUUCUCAUAACUGGUCUGUUUACAUUUUGUUAAAGAAUAAGUAGAGAGAAUUUCAUAAAAGACCAAAUCACUUUCCCAGAACUUUUUCUCUUGAUUGUGUAUCGAUGAGUUGUUAGGAGAAAAUUGAUGUUGGUCACUCUUUGGAGUUAAAAAACAGUAAAAGAAUGCAUAGGUGUCAGUUAUCCCUCUCUUGUAGCCUGUGACUGAAUUGACGCAGGACCAGAGAGGCGAGAACGAACCUAGCAUGUAGUCACAUAUAGCACCUUCACAAUUAAUAUUCCCUUGACUACUUAACAAUUAUUCCUCGAGCUUGAAUGGGCUCUGAGUCGAUAACGGCUGAAUGGACCAUUGACUCAGAGGCCAUGAGGGCGAGAGGAAUUUAUUGUUUUAGUAAAUUCAACUAGUUGGUCAAAAAUAUCGAGAAUAAAAAUAUUCUCGCUAGUUAAAGCUAGACUUUAAUCCUUUUCCGCCGCCAAAAAGCCCGCACUUUUCGCUACUAGUGGGCCAUAACAUAUAGCCUAGUAGUAGCUCAACCAAUCAAAACGCAGCAUUGAUAAUAGACCACCGGUUGGAUUUUACUAAUAUCUGAGAUGCACAGUAUCUUCAUAGUUUGGUGUAUGAUAUAUUUAAUGUAGGCCAAUUUGUCCAGUAGAAAAUUUUCUUCAACCUUCAUAACUGUGUUUCUUAUUAUUUUGUUGCAGUUACCUUACACAGUAUGAUUGUGUCACCUUCUACAACUUUCUGGAGUCUCUCAGGUAAUCACAAUCGCCAUGUGUCUGAUCGCAGGUUGUAAUCAAAUGGAUGCUGUCAAUUCAGUUUGCAUGUAUGUAUCGUUUUGGGUCAUUACUCCACAGAGACAAGAAUAAGAAACAAAAAGCACAGUGUGAUUUGCUACAAUGUGUUUAUUACGUCUAGAUUUUUUGUUUAGACUCAAACUCAAAAGUUAUAUGUCACCUUUUAGGGCCAGCCAACGCGAUGUCAAAAAUCAUUCCCUUUGGAUGUUUAUGGAUGCUGCAGAUUCUCUGUUUGUGGUAAGGUCUUAAUUAUUAUAUUUUACACACUUGCAGACCAUUCAUGUUUGAUCUUGCUCGAACGCACAAAAUGAGAAAAUAUUGUGCGUUCUUUCUAGUGUAAUCCCUACGUUACGUUGACGUGCUUGUCGGUUCGGUAGGUUUUAUAUAUUUUCAUUUUUUACGUCCGCUUCCUCCCCCAAGGGCUAACAAGGAAUUAUAUUUUUAUGUUCAUUACUUCAGAACCAUUUUCGAGUUUUUAUCUCCAAUUUUAGAGGGUCGUUUUCUUUGGGAGUGGUGACUUUUUAGAAUUCUUCUGCGAACAAAACUAUCGUUUUUCCUGACAGCACGCCAAAGCCAGAGUUAUAGAAAGCACUGAAAGGAAACACAAGAAAAAGAAAGGAGAAAAGUCAGAGCAGUAAGUACAAAAUGCUGGGAUAAUGCCAGACUACGAACAGUCUCUCUUUUUUGUUGGUGCGUCGAGCAAAACGCACAAGACACGCAAAUGACCACGCGCGUGACUGAAGGCACGAGAUGGGAGAGGCACGAAAAAGGAGAGGCUACCCUCUUUUUCUUCUCGGGCCGCCGCCCUCGUUUUUCGCUUCUCUCCGAUGCUCGCGCGCGCGUGCACUCACCUCACAAAAUCUGGAGAAAAGGAGAGACUGCUCACUGUAGAGUGCUGGUAAAAUCGUGGCAAAUGCUGAGAUCAUGGUUUGAUCAACAAGCAAAUUAAUAAAUAAGCCAAAUCAACUUAAACAAAUUAGCAAAAAGCUACAAAAGGAUGAAUGAGUGGGUGAGUGACGGAAUGAAUGCCGUCAAACCAAAACAAAAAGUGAUGAUAACAAGCGUUUACGUGGGUAAAAAAACAUAAGCCGCAACAAUAACUUUACAAACAUACCACAGAAAAAAAUAUGCGCAUUCGCGUCCAUAAACUAUCUGUAUAAAAAUGUAAGUACAAUUGAAAAAUAAAAAUUUGAUCGUUUAUUCAUUUACAAUAUGUUGUGAGAGUUAAUUUUUAAAAGUGUACUGGAAGACCGGUAGACACCUUACACAAAUGUAAUUCAUCUUUGAUUUAUAUUUUUUUCAAUUGAUUAAUUUCAGAGAUUCCAGUAAUGACAAAGAUCGGGAAGGUAUGCGUUUCCUUUACUUGUUAUAAGGGACAAUGAAAGGCUUGAACGGUUUGUAGAAAAAAAUUUCGGCUUACUCAGUGAUUUUGUUACAAAUAGUUAUGGUCAGUCCUGGGACGCAUCUUGUGAAAAAUCAUGAGACCCAGUCUAGAACCAAUGAGUCCCAGUAAACAAAGAACGAGUCCGAAAUUGAAAAUGCUUUGGCGUUUAUGUAACCAGAAAGUUAAUCUGAAGACAGACUCCAAAACUCCGUAUUACAGUAUACUGAAAUUAAAAUAUAGUCCUUCUAUUUUAAAGCACAACAAAGGCUAAAAGAAAUAUAAUGCGUGGUUAAACAACAGCCAUAAUAACUGCCACAGAAAUUUCAUGAACGGGAUAUUUCUACAAAUACACAUGUCGAGAUCGAUCGAUCGAUGUUUGCAUCUUACGGCCGGGACGCAUUCCAUGAAUUAUGACAAGUUAAGAAAAAUACUUGGUUGCGCGGUACAAAUUCGCGUAAACGUGAUGCUUAACCUCCCUGAUAUGGUUACAGUGACGUCAAGUGAAAACGAUCAAUGAAGAAGAAUUGAUUUUAUUAGAUUUAACUGAACUUUGUUUUUGUUGUUUUACAGAAGAAUUUGUUCUUGAAGAGAGUCCUAAAUGGAAAUUACUAGCUGACGUCUUGGAAGAGAUAGAGCGUGAUGACGCCAAAACUGAAAAGAAACGUAAUAAUAUCUCUGUUUUGUUUGGCUUUCUGAUACUGUCCUUCUUUUUUGUUUUCUUGAUGGAACAUUAACAUUAUUUUUGAACAAAGAUAUAAGCACAACUAUAAGAUUAGUGCAUAAAGGUUAACUCUGUCAAAAACUUCAGACGUUCGAAAUUUCUCAUGACCAUUUCUCAUGCCAUGCUUUCUUAUUCAACCAAGUAUAUAAGUUUAUUUUAUGUUAACACGAUUGCGCAGUCCUUUUAUUGGGUGUUUUGUUAUUCCUUCUAACUCAAAAUUUCCGCUGUGACUUCGAAAACAAUUAUUUCCUUAGAAGGACUGACAAGGUACAUGACCUGGUCACGUGCCAGUCCUACGUUUCCUAGGGAGGUGGUUAGUGACUUUUGACACAUGACACAUGCCACACUCUUGUCCAAUCGGAAAACGCGCUUGAGUUUUGAUGUAUUAUAACUUGGCCCUUAACAUUGCAUAUAUAUGUAUUUUUUUUCUUCCUUUGCUCUCUUAUUUUCUUUUGUUUUGUUUUGUUUUUGUUUUUUUUUCUUUUUGUCAUUUCGCUUUUUUUAGCCUAGAACUAUGAUUAGUGCGACUAUCUAAUAUAAGAUUUACUGUAGCUCUGCCAUUGAUUUUCCCGUGUGUAAUUAUGAUAAUAUUUUGUUCUAAUUAUCUAACUGAGGGAGCCCAUUCCUUAUAAGCCCGGUGGCUUCUCUUGGGCUUCCUCGCCAUGAGAGUUAAGGUAAUUAGAUUUUAUUUGAUUUGUUUAAUUUUUGGCAAACAAAACAAUAAACAAUAAACAAUAAACAAGGACUUUCUAUGGAGUUACUUACAUCAACUGCUCACUUUUGGCGUGUCUUUUUUCCAUGUUUCUUUAGUCGGUCCUGGCCAUGUCCUGAUUGCUGCAUAUGACGAAAGAACCUGUUCGCAACUCAGAGACGUAAGUUGCACUACCUGUAACGUAUCAAACACAAUGAAGCGUGUUUCUUGAGGAUAUCCAAAAAAUCAGAAUUGGUUUAGCAGGGUGCAAAGAAAGUCAGUUUUACAGCUUGCCAUUCUGGCAAGCUGUAGCUAGGAUGUACUAGGCAGCCCACAAGUCAUUUCAACUAGCCCCUAAACCCUUUUUGAUUAGCAGGAUUGAUUACAAUCCUUCUGUAAUUUGAAUUUCCCCCAAAAACAGCACUUGCCCAUCGGGAAAGUUUAGAACAAAAGUCACUAGCCCUACAGCAAGAUUCACUAGCCCCGGGCUAUCGUACAGGACUUUCUUUGCACGCUGUUUAGAAAUGUACUUUUCGCGUAAGAGUGUCUUGAGACUAACUAACUUCCGAGAGUCAAUUAAAGCCUCCAAAUUCAUUAAGCCCAACUAUCAGAUUGAAUUUGUAAUUUUUUGUGAUUAUUAUUCUAUUGUUUAUUACUUUACAUCUCCCACUCAAUCCUGCGAUUAAAUUUUCUUGAAGCGAUUUCUAUAAUAUUGCUUUGCGUCUGACUUUACUUCCUGAAGUGCAGCUUAAAUAAUUCUCCUCUUAUUAAAAUAUUUUCUCUUAAUGUAGUUCCUGUGUGAUGGAGGCGAGGCUGUGCUGAAACGACUCUACAACAAAAUGUUUAAGAAUUCAGCAACGGUGGCUGAACCCUCAGAAACAGGUAUCACAAAUGCAAAAGGUUUCCAGUUUAUCCUUACGAGAAACAAAUGUUGCGAACGCAGAUUUUGUUUCCUGAAAGCAAAUAAUGUAUUUAAACCCAAUGAAAAACUUCCUCUUUUUCACCGAUGCAAAUCUUCUUCCAGAGCAAUUGAUUUUCAGUUUAACCGCAGUGUUUCCAUAACAACGUUUCCAAGUUUAACUAGGCCCGAUACGUUUAAUUAACCUAAAGCUCUUAAUUAACUUUCUUACCUACUUGUUUUCUCAAGUUUCCUUAAGCGCUGAGACAUUACGAGGCGAGGAUGAAGCAGAAUGUUCCAAAAACGUGGUAAGCUUUUCACCGAUUAGACAAAUGUAAACACUUAAUGAAUGGACAAAAUUAACUAAAUUCCAGGAAAAGAACAUUCACUAAGUGAUUUGCUAAAUGUCUACCUUCGUGUAAAUAAUUACGAAAGUAAACUUCUGCAAGUGGUCUGGAACAUACGCAGUGAACAGUGCACUGUUGCCUUCUGACGUCAGAGAUUUUGCAAUGUUACACAUUCAGAGACUUUUUGCGGGAAACAGUCUUAAUGUUAAGUGUCAUGCGACUCUGAAGUAACCAAUGACAGCCCAACUGUCGUCGAAAAAAUUCCAGCUAUAUAACGGUUGUUUACCAUUUACUUGGACAAACCGUUAUCCGUGAAAGUUAUACUCCACUCUUAAAUAUACUCAUAAAUAGUUACUCAUAAAUAUACUCAGCUAUACUCAUAAAUAGUUACUCAUGAAAAUAUUCAUUACAUGUUUAAUUAAAUACACUUAUAAAUAGUUACAUACUCCUAAAUGUUUACCGAUACUGAUAUGAUGUUGGGGAUACACUAUUCCUUUCAAAUGUUACAGAAUUUGCCGGCGACUUCGCGUGGUCGUAAAGCCAGAGCUAAUGCUGGAGAUAAAGGGAAAACAAAAGGAAAACAAACAACUUCCAAGAAAUCUGUCCAGGCAGAUGACAUUGACGAAUGGUAAAUAAUUGUUUUUUUAAAAUUUGAUUUCUACGGAACAAAAAACACUUAGUGUAUGAUUAAAACAGUCAUGGCCAUUUGAACUGACAUUCUGACUUUUUCUCCUUUCCAAUUAGCCCACCAACAGAACAAUUGUUCAAAGGUAAUUUGAAAUUGUUAUUUAUUUGUUAUCACUAAUAAGGCGCGAUUUUCUUAUCGUUGUGCUCAAAGCUUAAGGUUAUUUUUUGUUCUUUUUUUCUCUUUGAAGGGUCAAGAUCAAAUGUCAUCUUGAGAGUGAGUACAAACCAGUCUACUGGAAAUUUGACGUUAACUUUGCACACAAAAUAUAAGAAUUAAUACUUUAAGAAAUGAUUUAAAUUAAAUACUGAACACACUCUUUAGGUAUAUCUCUAAUCCUAUAACUGUCCUGACUCAUUGCGCCAUGAAAUUGCUGUUUAGCGGCUUUAGGCUAGUAGAACGAUAUCUCAGGCAGGUUUCUUUUUCUUCGCAAACAGACUCGUGGCAAGCCAAGUUUGGUAAAUUUUUUAAAAAAGGGAAAUGAAGUAAUUAAAAGAUUGGCUAACUCUUCAGAGACGCGCGCGCAUGUAAACUGCGGCAACGUAAUUUUUUUUUGUUUAGGGAUUUUCGGUUCGUGGAAAUCAUUAUUGUUUUUUAUUUCUUUAGCCAGGUGAUCAGGACAACAAGGAAACAACAGAAGAUUCACGGCAGAUAAAACUUUUGACUUCACGAGUUGUUAUCAUUCACCCUUUAACGGGAUGCAGGUGAACCACUUUAAAAGUAUCACGCUUUAUGUUUUACUCGCGUAGUUAGAGAGCUGAUGGUCAGGUAGGGUAGGGAGGGGAGUUAGAGGGUACCCCCUUCCCUUUGUAGGGAGCUUUCUUGAGGUAGAUGGCACAUUGGCCAUUUUAAUGGUGCGAAGUUUGAGAGCAGGUGGUAGGGUAGAGUGGGGAGGGGAGAAUGAGGGAGCCCCCUGUCCGUGUAAGGGAGCGGAGGAAGGUAGCCCGUCGGCCAUUUUGAGGUUUUGGAGCUAGAGACCAGUUGGUGUGGUAGGGUGGCUAGGGGAGACGGAGGGUACCCCUGUCCGUAUAAGGGAGCGCAGGAAGGUAGCACAUCGGUAAUUUUGAGGUUGCGGAGUUAGAAAGCAGGUAGUGGGGUAGGGUGGAGAAAGGAAGCGGAGGGAACUCCUGUCCGUGUAAGACAGCUUUCUUGAGGGAGGUACAUUUAGCUCAUGCUACGCUUGGGACUUCAAAACAUUUUCGAAACACUGUUCUCAAAUGUGGCAAGUUCGCGGACCAAAACAAUCCAUACCCCUCCCCUUCCCCUUCAUUCAAAAAUGGGGUAUUUUCUGCGAGUAACUUUAACAGUGACUCAACAUUGCAUGGAGGGGGUGGAGGUAGGGAAAUUUCAUUUUCCCCUUUUUAAGUCAGCUUAACGUCAAAAAGGUCUUUUUAGGGCAAGAUAUCUCACCUAAUUUUGUCGCUGAUUGUAGGUCAGUGUUGCGUUGAUUCACACUCUGAGACGUUUCCUUGCUCAAUCUCCAUAAUAUGUUCAAUAAACUAGUUGCAUUUGUUUUUCUUUAUUUGCUAGCGAUCGCUACAGUUUGCUGAGGACUCUUAAUGAAGUCGAACCUCGAUAUGUGGUGCUCUACGAUGCACAGAUGCAGUUUAUACGUCAACUAGAGGUAGUUUUUAUUAACUGUCCAGUCUAACUUCCUUGUAAUUUUACCAUUUCUUAACGUUCAGCACAGAUAGAUAAGUGAGUUUCUUAUCCUAGACUAACUUGCACAGCUUAAUGAUCAGGUGUACAGGAAAGUACAGCUUAGUAGCUGUGUAUACAUGUGUAAACAUAUGUGUAUACAGUCUGAUAUGCUGUACACAGUGUGUAUACUGAUAUGUGUAUACAGUCUGAUAUGCUGCCAUAUUGUAGCCCGCACAAUAAACUUAUUUCAAUUAUCUUACUGAAUCUGGCUUCUUGGCAUUUUUAACUUAUUAGUUGUUUCAGAAAGUCAGUACCCCUUUUUAGUUAAUUGAUUAAUUUAACAACUUGUAAGUAACUAUAAUAGGGCCAUUUAUACGAGGAAAAAUAAGACGCGAACUUUCCGUAUAAACGGCACAUUUCGUCUGAAAUAAGACGCAGCUUAGCUAAGACGCGUCUUAUUUUAGAACAGCCCUUAACACCUGUUCUUAGAUAAGACUCGUCUUAGCUAAGACUAGAAAAACUUCGUAUAAAUGACCUUCGCGUCUUACAUUAGACGCGAACGCACAUUACGCAUGCGUUAAUUUUUGGCGCGUCACGUUGGAUUGCCGUUGCUACGGGCAACAUUUACAUGAAAACGAGUCAAGAACAGAAAUAAGACGGGAACCAUUUAUACGAGCUGUUCUUGUCUUAGAUAAGACAUGCUCGUAUAAAUGGCACAAUUCGCGUCUUAUUUUUCCUCGUAUAAAUGGCCCUAAUAUUCUGCUUUGGGUACAAUAAAAUUUUUGUUGUUGUUGUAGCUUUCAUCUAAGAGGUAACAUGUUAGAUUUCAUCCACGAAACGUCACGACAGAUUAUUAACUUCAGAUGUAUCACGCUUACGAAAUAUUCAUUUGUUUGUCUACAGGUUUUCAAGGCCUCAAGACCUGGAAUUCCAUUGCGAGUAUAUUUUCUCAUUUACUCUGGCUCUGUCGAAGAACAGGUAUAUUUGAGUUACGCCCAGUUCAAACGUCGCAUUUCACCUGUGCCGAAAAUAAAUACUGAAUGCUAAUGAGCAAAAUCUAUUAUUCUCGAAUGUUUUCUGAUGUUUUGAUGCUAUAGGUAAGUUUAAUUUAAAUCGUUAGCAAUUUUAUGUGUUAUGUGUCAGACCAAGACAUGUUUACUCGUUUCUAUAAUUUUACUCUUUUGUAAUUAUAAUUUUGUUCAUUUUCUCCUCAGAAAUACUUAACUACACUACGCAAAGAAAAAGAAGCGUUCGAGACUCUGAUCAAAGAUAAAGGAGUAAGUUUUCCGCAAUUUAAGACUGCAUACUUAUAAAAGCUUGAGAAUCUAAUGAAUUUGAAGCUAUAAAAGAACCAUGCAACCAUAGCUUCCAUAUCAAUCGUCACGUCACAACGGUCACAAUGAGAUUGCGUUGAAGUUCUCAUAACUAGAACAGCUCCUGUGAAAACAAAGCCAAUUACAGAAAACGCAGAUAAUCCAACAAACCAAUCAGAAUUAAAAAGAAAUACAUGUAGCGGGCGCCAAACGCUGGAAACCGCCUGUGAACAAGUCACGAAUGGUCUUUGAUAGGUCGAAAAAGUGGCGCCAGACUUUUUAGCCAAUCGCGUCGCAUAUGACUGCAAAAUCGAAAGCAUCACUUGACUUAGAAUCGCUCUUUGAGCGUAAAAAUGAGCUUAUCUGGGGUGCUCUUGUUUGUAGACCAUGGUUGUCCCAGAAGAGCGCGAAGGACGAACGGGGGCAGCCAUGAUGCUGAGUAGAGACCCAUCUAAAGCCACAGAUGCUGUAAACACGCGAAAAGCAGGAGGGCAGGACGGAGAAAAAAAGACAUCGAGAAAGGUCAGUCUCAACUUUGAAACACUCUUCGCCGUGACCUUCAAAUUCAGUAUCCUAAAACAAGCGGAAUCUCAAGUAUCUUUUGCAAAAUACUCGGAGAGAAAUUCUGUCUGGUUUGAGUCUGGAAGGGUAUUCCUGGGAUCAGGCAUUUGACCAAAUACAGUACGGGAUUCGGGAAACUUAACUGGGUGCGGGAUUUGACUGCUACACUGUACCCAGGAAGCGGGAUUCUCCAUAAUUUUGGCACGGGAUGCGGGAAUGGGAAAGCAGACGAUAUUCGUGAUAGCGAUGACAGAGGUUCGGGAUGCGGGAUCCCCCGCCCUCGUUCUGGACCCUAUUUCAUUUGUUGCUUAUAGGAAAGAAGUUCUUUUAUAGACUGUGCGUGGCCCAUGCGUUUCGGGUCACGUGGUCCGAGAGAGUUCGUCUCGGAUACGUCACUGAAAUGCAGUGACCGGGAAGGCUUGGGAAGACGUCGUGCAGAGGCCGCACAGAGACUAGACAAGACCUGACAUGAUACAACUCACUUUGACGCUGAAGAUGACUACCGCACAGGUUGUCGAAACGUAAGUCACUGUCAACAGCAACAGUCCUAUUCAGGAUUAUGUUCAAUCGAACGAUCAUACUCGACCUACUUAUGAAAUAACUCCUGGGUUCAAACCUUUGACAGACUCACUUAAAUAAGAGUUACGAAUAUAUUACUUGACUUCGUAUAUACCCUAGAUCAAAGACGGGAUGUUAACCAGUGCCUCUUGUUGCAGGUCAUUGUCGAUAUGCGCGAGUUUCGGAGUGAACUUCCUUCACUAAUUCAUCGGAGAGGAAUUGAUAUAGAACCUGUCACGCUAGAGGUUUGUGCUCACAGCAAACUGUGCUACUUCAUCAUCGACUUUUUUCAAAACACGAUGACAGAAAGCGCGAGCAAAUUUUAAGCGAUAAGAUGUUCGACAUAAGUUGCAAUGCUUGAUCAAUAUCUUCCUACGAAAGAAGCCAUGUGCCGGUUGUUAUAUCAUAUAUCUGACCUAAUAUUACUACUGCAGUAUUAGGUUACUGAAGAAUUCUAUUCAAAGACAUUUCGGAAUUUAGCUUCCAGUUAGGUAGUGCUUUUGAGAAAGGUGUCUCUUUUCCUUAGAAUUUCCACAUAUUCACUUGUUUCUGAUCUCUGCUCAAGUGUGAGAGAGGUUUCAGGGUGCAAAGAAAGUCAUUUUUAAAGCUUGCCAUUCGGGCAACCUGAAGCUAGCAUAUACUAGCCCAAACGUCAUUUCACAUAGCCCCCAAAACAUUUUGAUGGGCAGAAUUGUUUUCACAGUUCAUCUGUAAUUGAAUUCCUCAAAAACCUUCAUUUGCCCGUUGGGCAAGUUAAGAACAGAAUUCACUAGCCCGAUAGCAAAACCCACUAGUCCCGGGUUAUCGGACACUACUCUCUUUGCAUGCUGGGUUUUUGAAACCAAACCGAUUAAAGCCUCUGUUAAAAGGUCUUCGUUAAAGAGAGUGAAGUCUUUCUCUUUGAGCGAGACUUGACAAGAGUGUUAGGUUUUCUUUUUGUUAUUUAUCUUAGAGCAAAAAAAAGGAAACUACAAUGUACUUCCUCACUUUAUCAAUUUUUAUUAUUUUAGGUUGGAGACUACAUUCUCACUCCGGAUAUGUGUGUAGAACGGAAGAGCAUAAGCGAUCUCAUUGGCUCUUUAAACAAUGGGCGACUGUAAGUAUAACAUGAUAAGUGAAACUGAUUACUUUUUAUAGACUUAGGCAGCGAUGUCAAAACUCAAACCCAGCCUCCAUUGCACUGGACAGCAUGGCUUGCGUGGUGCUGACAGCAGUCGGCUUGCACCGAUGUGACCUGGGUUCGAGUUUUGGCCUCCACGCUUUAUGUGAGACGGGUUUGGAGCCUCGUUCCCAGUCUUUCUCGGCUAUUUCGAAUGUGACGUUACAUGUCAAGCUUGUCGGGACUCGGAUAGCGCGAACUGUCCUGAGGACAAAGCUGUUAGGUUUGUAGUUUCUCUCUUUCCUCUGCUCUUAGAGGAUUUCGACAGGGUUCUCCGGUUUUCCCCUCUCGUAAUAAACCAACUUUUCCAAUUUCAAUUGAUGCUCAGAUAUGGUAGAUGAAGAGCCAUUUUCUGAAUGGACUAACAUCCGCCUGUCCGUUCGUUGGUUCAUUUAUUUGGUCAGCCAGUCAGUCACUCGGUCUGUCAGACAUUCUGUUAGUCAGUCAGUUGUUCGUUGGUUCAUUUAUUUGGUCAGCCAGUCAGUCACUCGGUCUGUCAGACAUUCUGUUAGUCAGUCAGUUGUUAGUCAGUCAGUCGGUCGGUCAGUGAGUCAGUGAGUGAGUCAGUCUGCCAGUCAGUCAGUCAGUCAGUCAGUCAGUCGGUCAGUCAGUCAGUCGGUCAGUCAGUCAUUCUGCCAGUCAGUCAGUUGUUAGUCAGUCACUCGGUCUGUCAGACAUUCUGUUAGUCAUUCAGCUGUUAGUCAGUCAGUCGGUCGGUCAUUGAGUCAGUCAGUCAGUCAGUCAGCCAGUCAGUUAGUCGGUCAGUCAGUCAUUCUGCCAGUCAGUCAGUUCUCAGUCCGUCAGUCAGCCAGCAUUCAGUCAGUCAGUCAGUCAGUUUAUUUAUUUAUUUAUUUAUUCAUUCAUUCAUUUAUUUAUUUAUUUAUUUAUACUUCUUUGAUUAUAUUGGCCUUAUCCUUCUAGGUACAACCAGGCUGUUGCAAUGACCAGAUUUUACAAACGGCCAAUUCUUCUGAUUGAAUUUGAUCCUAACAAGUCAUUUUCACUACAGGUAAGGAAGUCGCCAAAGCACAACUAAUGUUCUUAAAUCCACCGUUUUCUUUGAGUGAGCUAGGAUAAAAUCGUCCCUUUUAUGCGUCAUUAAAGAAGUGUGGUUUUGCGCGGCUGAGGAACAAAAGAAGUGGAAAACGUUUUUCUCACACGCGGGUGGGAGUAUGGGUUCGAGUGUGUGAGGAGUCUUAGGUCACGUGACGUUUCAGAGUUCAGUUUGUUUUUGCUGCCAUCCGCCAUUGCCUGACCAGCCCCGCCCACCGACUGCACGGUCGCCUUGGCAUGGCUCCCAGUUGUGUGUGAAGAUUUUUCUUGCCAAUGACAAUCUUGAUGUUUAAUUAGAUAUCUCUGGGAACCCUGUGUGUUUUUAGCUCGUGUGUCGCUCACUUAAUUUUUCCCUUCUUAUUUCAGAAACUGAUCCGUUUUAUUAUUAGCUUGUAUACAAAUCUCUCUACUGGGUUAUCUAUUCAUUUUUAGGCAAAAUCAAGUUUUUCAAGCGAAGUCACCUUCAACGACAUUUCUUCGAAGUUGUCUUUACUCACGCUUCAUUUUCCCAAGGUAAAACAAAAAUGAGUACCGAUGUCUUUAGCCCCUGAGGUCUUAGACUUUCUAAAAGUCCUAUAUUUGUUCCCUGCUGCGCGUUCUCAUUAAAGCUCGCUUCGCUCGCUUGUCCUCAUUGAAGCUCACUUCGCUCGCUUCUAAAGAAGCAAGUCUACUUAGGUCUACGAAAAUGGCGGCCUAAUCCCUAGGCAUUCUCUCGCGUUGUUCGCGCGAAGUCUCUCUCGGUGACGUCACAGCUCACGGUAGAGUCCAGAAUUGACCGCGCCGAGAACGCCUAGGGACUAGGCUGCAAAAAUGGACUUUUUUGUACUGACUGAAAUUUCUAAUCUUGUCAUUUUUUUGAAAUUACGCUAUCCGGCUUAUAGUAUCCACAGUUCUGGUACAGGUUUCAUUGCCGCUUGCAAUCAUAAUACGUGCUGUUUCUCUUUUAUGCCAGUUACGAAUCUUGUGGUGUCAUAGUCCAUACGCAACCGCUGAGUUGUUCGAUGAACUAAAGGUGAGUGCGACUUUAUUUCUUUGGACAUUAAUUUUCCAACUUUCUUGGUAUAGUCUCGCCACCGAAGGACUAGGGCCGGAGUUUACGCACCGACGACGGCGACGGCUACGAAACGUCACUUAAAAAGUGAAUUUGCCCUACAGCAAAUUUUAUCGCGCUUAUUCCAUCUCGCUUAUUUCGUCAAAUGUUGGCAAUUUUUUUGUAGUUGAAUUCUAAAGGACUGCAUCAAAGGUCAGGAAAAGAAAAAGAAAGCUGUUGUCUUUUGUUCCCGUCCUCGACAAAAAGUGAAAUUAGGCAGUUUCACGUUGUCACGUUGUAGUCUUGCAACGACGGCAGAGAAAUGUACAAAAACGCGUGAUGCACGUGCAAAGUUGUUGUUUUGCUUGUCUUAGGGCCUGUUUACAUGGAGGUGGGGGACCCCAGGUAGGUGAGGUAACCCGCUUAGGUGGGGUAACCCGCCUGUCCAUAUAAUCUCUCAUUUUCAUUUGAUCACGUUUACAUGAUAGGUGGGGUGACCCGCCAAGGCGGGUAGCCCGGUCUACCAGACCGGGUUACCCUCUCAGCCGGGGUCACAAUUUGUCAUGUAAACGUUUCAAGGUGGGGUAACCCGCCUGGCCGGGGUCGGAUUCGUGAUACAUCAAAUUCGCGCAAAAUUCACUUUCGCGGUGUCUUUGCAUUAUGAUUAAAGUUAACAAUAGAAAGCUAUUGCACUGACGGGUUGCAGCAAGAGCAACAAGAGAGUGAGUGUUUGCCCGCAUUUUUCUUGUUUACGUGCUUAGCGACCAUUCAAUAAUCUUGAGAAAGUGCACCCCGGGAAGGCGGGGUUGUAAGAUUGCAUGUAAAGGAGGGUUAUUUUUUUACCUCACCUAAGCGGGUUACCUCACCUACCUGGGGUCCCCCACCUCCAUGUAAACAGGCCCUAAACCUGUUGCUUUUUUGCCGUUCUCGAUGCCGCCGUCGUCUUCGUUGCGUAAACUCCCUACUGCUAGGCUGAGAAAACAGUAGACAUUUCGCGGCGCCAUCACUAGUUUCCCCGCGAAAUAACGUCUGAUCAACGAGCACAUAAAUUCCAUGGUGACACGUCAUCAGUAUGGAAUUUUUGCAGUUGUUCGUCAGACGUUAUUUCGCGGGGAAACCAGUGAUGGCGCCGCGAAAUGUCUGCUGUUUUCUCAUAUUAACUCUUUAAGCCCCAAUAUCCGCAAGCAAAUUCUCCAAACUGAUCUCUAUACAUUUCUUUAAAUAAGUUGAGAGAAUUUGAGAAAAGAUCAAAGCAUUUUCUCUUUGGUGAUCAUUUUAUUAAUUCUCAUAACCUAAUCUCUUGACAUUGUAUGGAUAUCGUUAGGAGAAAAUUGAUGUUGGUCACUAUUGGGACUUAAAGGAUUAAAGGACUGUUAAAAACUGACAUAUUCACGAUAUUUUGUAUUGAUUAACAGGCAAAUUAUCCUGAACCUGAUGCUAGUACAGCCAUGUCGAUAGGAUCAGACGCUACUUCAGCUGCUUCAGACUUCACAUAUAACACAGGGCCACAGGUACAGUAGCGUCUUAAAUUUCUCUUUGAACGUCUGUUACAUCCUGAAUACUUACGAAAAACUCUUUGGGGGGGGGGGGGGGGGGGGGGGGAGGGAGUAUUGGGUUCUUCUUGGUGUUGUGGAAACCAUUGUCGGUGUGGUUUUUAUUCAUCGUCUUUUCAAUCUUUUGUAUUAAGUCAUUUGGUGAUCGCUCCCGUCCGAAUGAUCCCCACCUACCCCUUCCCUAAGUCAACGUUAGCACUUACUUCUCACUUAGGGCAAAUUGUUCGCUUAGGGGAGGGGUAGGUGGACAGUUUCCAGAAACGUAUAAUGAUCACGAUGUUUGUUUAAAAUCCUUAUAUGGUUUGUUGCAAGUUGGUUUAGCGUUUGUCUGUUACUUUAAGUAGCAUUGCGCCAUCCAGAGGACAAGUAUUAGAGAAGCAACUGGGUUAUCCAUUGGAUAGAGAUUCAUUUGGUGGAUAGCAUUAUCUACCUUUUAAACAAGUUGCGCCAGAAAAGCCAUCACCACUUACCCGCAUGUCAUUUUCUCUUCUAUUGUCAAGGACUUUAUACUGAAACUUCCUGGAAUUAACUACAAAAACUACAGGUACAGACUCGUUACAUGACAAUUUCUUUUGUAGCGUUAUUCUUUAUCGUCACGUCAAACGGAUUCUCCGUUACUGCUUUGCUUUGUCCCAAGGCCUCAUUAUCCAGCGCGGCCUAUGCAUUUCGGGUCACGUGGUUACGGGCGAAUUUAAUGAUCGAGAAAGCCUGGAAAGAAGCCAGACAGGAACUUGGUACCUAGUUUAUUCAAGGCAAUUAGCAAAGAAACAGUGAAUGACAUACUGCCUUCUGAGAAGAGUCUAAACCGCCAGCAUGAGAUGGAAUAUUACGUCAUGAGAUUUGUAGCAGUCCUUCACAACUGACGCGUCGGCGAGCAUGUUACGAGCAAGCGAGCGAGCGAGCGACUGAGCGACUGAGGCAUCUCUCCCCAGCUUGCCUCUCGUUUCGCUCGCUCUCCAUUCCUUCCAUUCUGGUAGCUAUAGACAUCAUCGUUGUGUCGCUAGAGAGAACUGACCGUUCGUUAACUUCUGCCUUCUUUUCAGAUUUAUUAUGAAAAACGUGACAAACAUUCAAGAGUUGUGUCAGUUGUCAGAGGAGAAACUAGCGAGUACCUUGGGGAACACCGCGAGUGCAAAACAACUGUGGGAGUUUAUCCACACUGACGGCCGGAAACAAACAAAGGCUCCGCAAGUCUCGGUUAGAAACAAACGAUAACACUGAUAAGACUGAGUUUAUUUAAAUUACAACUGAUGUUCGUUAUGCUCACAACUUUGUGUGCAUGUAAUCUGCUAU